AUGAGCGACAUUUCUCCUACCAGUAGUAACGUUGACCUCACAUCUCUGGAUUCAAAAGGUGUAGACAUCUCGCAGUUAACUCCCCAGGAGUUAAAACUGUACAAAAUGUACGGUAGGUUACCGUCAAAGAAGGAUUUGUUCAAGCAUAAGAUGCAAGAACGCAAAUAUUUCGACAGUGGUGAUUAUGCACUAAACAAGGCUGGUAAAGGUGAAACCGAUGCUGUUACCAGUAAUAACAACUUGCCCGUGACGAAUCCAAGUGGUCUUAGAGAAUCGAUAAUACGCAGAAGAAUGAGUAACAGUGCGGGGGAUUCCAUCUCGAGACAAGGUUCCAUCUCAUCAGGACCACCCUCAAAAUCUCCCACCAAAUAA